AUGCCGUCUUUGGGAUGUGGAACGUGUCGAGCGCGCAAAGUUCGCUGUGAUCAGACCUUGCCGAAAUGCAAUCGGUGCAUCAAGGCGGGUCGAGACUGCGAAGGCUACGGCUUGCGUCUCUCUUGGCCUCGUCAUAAUGACAAGCGCCGUGCUAUGGUUGGACCACAUUCUAAAACACGAUCCAAGGGCAUCCCAUUGGAUCACCACCGGCUAGUGAAUGCUUCUUCGAGAGACAUGGAGUUACAUCAAAUGAUCUCGAAAUUAGCUCAGAAAUACAGCGUGGGAGUUGAUGCAGUACCCGAUACACCUAUCAAGCUUGUCGAGGAUACGAUUUUAGCCAGACAAGCCAGACAGGCCACACCUUUCAUAUUACUAAACUCUCCCGCAACAGGGGUUCUUGCAGAGUUGAGCCCAACCAACAAGAUCUUAUUCCAGUAUUCGGUACUAAGGUCUUCUAUUGCCCUAGCAUCGUCCCAUCGUGACAACGAGGUGUAUGCAACGGCACGAUCCAAGGUUGCUGCACUACGAGCCUUGGCCAAGUCGCUACAAGGUUUUAUUGGCGUGAGCGACUCGGCUUGUCAUAUCGGAGCUGGGAUCAUAUUGUCUACUUUAGAGGUACAACAAAGCUCGACGACGUCAAGUCACUGGCUAUGGUAUGCCUGUGGCGCUGCGAAACUCGUCAAAACAUCUGGUCUCGAUGAGAUCACAACAGAUAGAGAUAUGACAUCACUGCUGUUUGUUCGAACGGACAGAAGUGUUCAACUCUGUGACGGUGGCAUCCGAUCCACGGUCCAAUACAUCAGAAUACAUUCAUCGGCUCCAGACACUAGACUAAGUUUAGCACCUAUCAAGAGAUUGAUCGAGAUCAUGUGGGUGCAGCAGGAUCUGCUGGAUGAUGACUUGGAUUAUGUUUGCAAGCUUGGUGUUAUUCUUAGCUCCAGUCAAAAAUCUGUUCCGGCAUUCCUAUAG